AUGGCCGUGCUGGUCAGGGACGCAUACAAGAACUAUGGAACGGUUCCUGUCAUCGAAAAUCUAAAUAUCACUGUGCGGCCAGGUUCCAUUUAUGGAUUACUUGGUGCGAGUGGCUGCGGGAAAACUACGCUGCUUUCAUGCAUCGUAGGAUUAAAGCAAUUGAACUACGGAAGUAUAAAUGUGUUUGGACAUCGACCUGGAGAAAAAGGGUCUGGAGUACCGGGCCCGGGCCUCGGAUUUAUGCCACAGGAGUCUGCGCUUUAUCCCAUUUUCACUAUCGCCGAAGAGUUGGCUUAUUACGGGAGGAUUUAUGGGAUGACUUCUAAAAGCAUAGAAAAAAGGACGGAGUUCUUGGUAAAAUUCCUUAAUCUUCCCAGCGCAUCGAACCGGAUUGAUACUUUGAGUGGCGGAGAGAACAGGAGAGUCGCGCUUGCAGUCGCCAUGAUCCACAGUCCACCUCUUCUCGUCCUUGACGAACCAACUGUAGGCCUAGAUCCCUUGUUACGACAAAGUAUUUGGAACCACAUGACAGAGCUUGUUAAGAGCGAAGAAAAAACGACAAUACUAAUUACAACACACUAUAUCGACGAGGCAAAAUUUUGCGACGUGAUUGGUGUAUUGCGCCGAGGUAGGCUUCUGGCUGAGCAGAACCCUCAAAUUCUUAUGGACUUUUACUGCUUGAAUUCAUUGGAGGAUAUUGUGCUCCGCCUUUGUCAAGAAGACGAAUUAAAACAUGGUCCCGCAAGACGAAAAGCUCUAAAUUUAUUAACAGUAUAA